AUGAACGUGUAUGACAAUAUAAAGAAUAAAUUGAAUAAUGUCAAGAAUGAUAUAAUAUCUGUUGUUUAUGCUCCUCCCACAGAGUCUAGAUUUUUCGAAGAAGGUAAAUUGACUCCUUAGGAAUUUGUAACAAGUGGUGAUGCAUUGAUCAACAUGUGUCCUUAAUGGAAAUGGAUGCCCGCAAGCGCUGAAAAGUAUAAAAAUAAAUAUCUUCCUGCUGAGAAGCAGUAUCUUCUCAUGGAAAAAGUUCCUUGUGAUCAAAGAGUUUAAGAAUUAAUGGAUAGCAUUGCAGUUAAUGAGAAAGAAGAUGAAGAAGAAUAUAUCAUUAAUGACCAAAAGAAGAACAACGAUUAGAAUAUAAUUGAAACCAAAAUUGGACAACUUAGCAUCAAAGAACAUUUCACCGAAGAAAAAUAAGGUGGUGAAGAAAAGAAAGAAGAUAAUGACGAUGAUAAUGUUGUUGUAGUAGAAGCUCCUAUUGAAAGAAGAUAUUACGAUUUGUCAAUUUGCUAUGAUUUGGUAACAUACACUCCUCACUUAUUUUUGCAAGGAGUUGAUGAAGAUAAUGUGCCACUUAAGUAAAACCAAGUAUUUGAAGACAUUGUCAGUCAUUACUCCAAUAAAACAAUCACAUUUGAAGUCAUGCCUUAAACAGGUAUUGUCCAAGCAUCUCUCCAUCCUUGCAAACACUCUCAAGUCAUUAAACACAUGGUUGAUAAUAUAAAUUAAUCAGGUGGCUCAAUUAAAAGCCACUAGUGCUUAUUCGUUUUCUUGAAAUUCUUAUAAUCUGUGAUUCCCACUAUUGAAUACGAUGUAGCAGGAGACAUCAUCUUUGACGAGUGA